CCUUCUGUCGCUGUGUGUCGUCACGUACCCUGCGUUUGCUGUGAGAGUUCACGAAAGGGGUGGAGGACUGAAGACGAUGCUGGAUGCCAUGGAAGUACCAAGUCACGCGAGGGAUCUCCUGCUGCAGCUCAACAGCCAGCGCACCAAAGGAUUUCUGUGCGAUGUCAUCAUCGUGGUCCAGAACGCUUUAUUCCGGGCACACAAGAACAUUCUGGCAGCCAGCAGCCUCUACUUGAAGUCCUUGGUGGUCCACGACAAUUUAAUCAACCUCGACCACGAGAUGGUGAGUCCUGGGGUCUUCCGGGUCAUUCUGGACUACAUCUACACGGGCCGCCUCACAGACGGGGACCCCUCAUCUCCCACCGAACCCAACCUGGGUGCCGUUUUGGCCGCGGCCAGCUACCUGCAGCUGCUCGAUUUAGUAGCUUUGUGCAAAAAGAAACUGAAAAGAAAUGGCAAGUACCCUCCUCGCACUACUCCGGCAUUCCUGCCAUAUGCAAAAAUGGGCGGUAUGGGUCUAGGCAGUGGAGGCCGAUACAGGGUUUCCACUCCUGUUAUCCAAACAUGUCCUCCCGGGGGAAUUAUGAACAGCCACACACCUCGGCCUCCACCGCUUGAAGAGCUGGUUCCCCAUCGGCUGGCCAUCCAUGCUGGCGAGCUUUACGCUCCCACCUCUACCCAAGGCCCCCAAUCCUUCCCGUCCAUGCAGUCGGUGAUGCCGGCUCAGCACGGCCUGCGCCCGGCGCUUCCAGAUAGAAACUGCUCCCCAAACUAUGGCCUAGAUCUCUCCAAGAAGAGUCCUAACUCUCAGUCUCAGCACACUCCCUCCCAGUCCCAUGAGGUCAGCACCCACAAUGACGAUGAGCGAGAUGGGACUCCAAAUGGACACACCAGUCCUACGCAGGGAGCCAAUGGCAGGGCUUUCCCCUCUGAGAAAAUGGAGACAACUGAUCAGACGAGUGCUAUCACUCCGCCACGGUUUCCCCAUCAAAACCAGUCCCUUGGCCCUCACCUCCCUCACCUCCAUCGUAUGAGCUCACAGGGCGGCGAGCGCUUCCCAUGCCCACCGAGUCCGGACACACUCACCGAAGGUGGAGAGGCCGGAAGAGAGGUGGGAAAUAUCUACCGCUGGGUGAAACACGAGCCAUUACCGUACACAGCUGAGGAUGAGGAUGAAGAUGAGGACGAAGAUGAAGGAGGUGAAAAUGGAGAGCGACGGCACAACCAUCACAAAGAGGAGAGUGAGGGGCCGGACGACAAGAGCGGCUCCUGCACCGAGGAGACCGGCAGCAGCGAGGGCCGCCCGUCCCCUUCUGGACACAUGGGGAGGUUCCACGUUCCGUACGAGCCAGAGAGUUACGGGGACAAUCUGUACGUGUGCAUCCCCUGUGACAAGGGCUUCCCGAGCUCAGAGCAACUCAACGCACAUGUGGAGACUCACACGGAAGAGGAGCUGUUUGUCAACUCUGGCGGAGAGAUGGGAAAUGGCAACAACAACAAGAACAUCAGCAGCAGCACCAACGGCUAUAGCGGGUUAACUGGCGGCGGGACCCAUUUGGAGACUAAAUCCAGCCAGGCUUUGGUUUCAGGGUCCAUCGGGGAAAUGAUUCGUCCGUACCGGUGUUCAUCCUGCGACAAGUCCUACAAGGAUCCAGCCACUCUCCGGCAGCAUGAAAAGACCCACUGGCUCACCCGACCGUACCCGUGCAGCAUCUGUGGCAAGAAGUUCACGCAGCGCGGCACCAUGACACGCCACAUGCGCAGCCACCUGGGUCUCAAGCCCUUCGCCUGUGACUCCUGUGGCAUGCGCUUCACCCGCCAGUACCGCCUCACCGAGCACAUGCGCAUCCACUCUGGGGAGAAGCCGUAUGAGUGCCAAGUGUGCGGUGGGAAGUUUGCUCAGCAGCGCAACUUGAUCAGCCACAUGAAGAUGCACAGCAGCGGGGCGGCAGCGGGCGGUCUCACCUCCGAGGGCAAGCUGAAGCUGGACUUUGCGGAGGGCAUUUACCCCCUGAGCAAGUACACUGCCGAGCAUCUGGGGCUCAAGCAGGAAAAGGCAAAUGAGCUCCUCCUCCAGGCACAGCACCAGCUUGUGAACGACCCCAAGGCCAUGGAUAGCCUCUACCCGCUCUCCAAGCUGGCAUCAGAGCACCUCGGUGCUCUCGGCCAUGACAAGGUAGACAUCCUGUGCCAAGCCCUGCCGCCUUCCCAGCAGGCCCUCUCUGAGGCCCGCGCCAUUGACCGCUACUCCCCCAGCUAA